AACCUAAGUUCUUAUUGGUUCUUAUGGAUACUUGUAAAUACGUGUUUGUAAAGUUGAACCUGAUAUGCUAGCUUUCAGUGAUUGAUAGAAUUUUUCAAAUUCUAAUAAUUAUUUAUUUAUAAAAUUCACUUAUUUUAAAAAAUAUAUUUAAAGAUUUAUGAAAACACAAUAAUUAUUUUGUUUUAAAAUGCGUAAAAUAAAUGUACCCAUGUUAUUACGAUCGCAUUGUACAAAAUCUAUGUACAAAAGUUCUAAUGUAAUUCGUAAAGAAUUUUUAGAUUAUUAUACCAAAGAAUUACAACACGAUGUUAUUCAUUCGAGUCCUGUUUCUUUACUAAAUGAUCAUUCAACAGCUUUUGUUAAUGCUGGCAUGAAUCAAUUUAAAGGAAUUUUCUUAGGACAUUAUGAUCCCCCUUCAACAAGAGUUGUUAAUUCACAAAAAUGUAUUAGAGUUGGUGGAAAACAUAGCGAUUUGGAUAUUGUUGGUAAUGAUACAUACCAUCACACAUUCUUUGAAAUGUUAGGAAAUUGGUCUUUUGGAGAUUACUUUAAGGAAGAAAGUUGUCGUUACGCAUUAGAUUUAUUGACAGGUCCAUAUAAUAUUAAAAAAGAAUUUCUGUAUAUUACCUACUUCGGUGGUUGUAAAGAAUUAGGAUUACAACCUGAUACACAAUGUAAAGAUAUCUGGUUGAGUCUUGGUAUUCCAGAAAACAGAAUAUUACCAUUUGGAAUGAAAGACAAUUUUUGGGAGAUGGGGUUCUCGGGCCCCUGUGGGCCUUGUACAGAGAUACAUGUAGAUAUUACAAAGCAAUUGGAAAAUCAAAGUUUUAAAGUGAAUACAGGCCAUCCAGAUAUUAUCGAACUAUGGAAUAUAGUGUUUAUUCAAUUUAACAGACUUACAGAUAAUCGUGUUAUUCAACCAUUAUCGAAACAUCAUAUCGACACAGGAAUGGGAUUUGAAAGAUUAGUUACUUUACUGCAAGGAAAAAGAUCGAGUUAUGAUACAGAUCUUUUUCAACCAUUAUUUGAGACAAUACGUUGCAACACAAAUGCUCCUGAAUAUAAAGGCACUUUUGGAGCUUAUGAUACUAAUGGUAUAGAUUAUGCAUACAGAAUAUUAGCUGAUCAUGCAAGAAUGAUCACAGUUGCAUUAUGCGAUGGUGUAAUACCAGAGAAAAAUCAAAAAUUAAGAAGAAUAUUAAGGAAGAGUAUCGAUAUGAGUGAAAAUAUAUUUAAAAAAAAGGGUUUACUUUUUGAACUUACAUACACUGUUGUUGAUAUCCUCGGAGAUGCCUAUCCAGAACUACAAAACAAUCUUAAACAGGUCCAUAAGAUAAUAGAAUUUGAAGAAAGUUUGUAUGAAAGAUUAUGUAAAACAAGUGGUGAAGAAUGGAAUAAAAUGGUUGCAACUAGACCUGAGUUAGCUUCUAUUACUAAUUGGAUGGCAUCAGGACUUGUAAAUGGUUACAAAGAUCUACAAUCUAUUUUAAAAAAGGAUAAAAUCAUAUAUGCAUCUGGUAUCUUACCAGGACAUGUCUUAUUUAAAUUAUUCGACACUCAUGGAUUAAGUGUAGAAACAAUAAGUGAAUUGGCUGCAGUGGAAUCUCUCCAAGUUGAUAAAAAAGGUUUUGAAAAAGAAAUGGAUAAGGCGAGGCUUAAAUCUAAAGUUGGAAUAAUUAAAAAUCAUCAUAAUAUUGAAAAAUAUUUACAGUUACUUACUGAAAGUAAUAUACCAGAAACGGACGAUUCAUUUAAAUAUGUUUAUGAAUAUAAAAAUGACAAUUAUGAAUUUCCAAAACUCAGAAGUGAAGUUAUAGGAUUGCUCGUCAAUGGUAAUAUUAUAUUAGGGGAAGAAUUAAAAACAACUUUGAUGAAUAUUGAUAGUAAGAAGAAUACAAAUAUACUAUUAAAUAACAAAGAUGAAAUUGCCAUCAUAUUAAACAAAACAAUGUUUUACUCAUUUGAGGGAGGCCAACAUUCAGACAUAGGUUCCAUUUAUUUAAAAGAUAUGAUAUUUCAAAUAAGUAAAGUCGAGAAAAUAAAUGGCUACGUUAUUCACUCUGGCAAGUUUGUGAAAAAUAAUCUAGUAAAUACUUAUUCAGAAUUAGAAGAUUGGAACGAUUGUGUAAUUUGUAUAGAUACAAAUGUCCGAACAAGUCAUAUGAGGAAUCAUACAGCAACACAUUUAUUAAAUGCUGCUUUAAGGUUUAUAUUCCCAGUUGUUUAUCAACGAAGUUCUUUAAUUUCUAAAGACAUAUUAAAAUUCCAGUUUUCUUCGUUUGGAGAUAAAAUUACAUUAACACAUUUAGCAAAAAUAGAAGAACUUGUUAACAAUGUUAUAAAAAUCAAUGCAUUAGUAGAAAGUAGGAUUAUUAAUUUGUCGCAAUUAUUAUUAGAAAAUAAUGUUACAAUGAUACCAGACGAAAUAUACCCACAUACAGGUAUUAGGUUAAUCGAUAUUAAUACAAAUGAAUUAAAAUCAAAAGAACUAUGUUGUGGAACACACGUGAAAAGCACAGGAUCUCUGGAACACUUUUGUAUUUUAAAUUAUAGUUCUAAAGGUGUAUUGAACUGCACUAUUCAUGCCAUUACUGGGCCAUUAGCUAAAGCAGCUGAAUUAACUGGUAAAAAUUUAUUGGAUCAAAUUGUAAAAUUAGAAAAUUUAGUUAAUACAAAAAAUAUUAAAAACGAUGAGUUAAACUUACAAAUUAAAGAGAUACAAAAGCAAUUACAAAAAAAUACUGAUACUGCAGACCUACCAUUAUCUUAUCUUAUAAAAGAAGAAUGUAAUGCUAAGUUGCAAAAUUUGGUUGAAAUAGCUGUGAAACAGAAUAUAGCAACAGAAAGGUCUUCUAUAGUAACAGAAGUGAAAAAUUCUAUGAAACCAAGAAAUUCUUUCAUUGUUUAUCAUUUACAAUGUACACCAAAACAUCUUUCCUUACAGGAUAUACUAUCUUUUUUUCCUAAUAUACCAAUACUUGUGAUAUCAUAUGAUAAGAAUGUCAUUAAAGCUAGUUGUAGUGUACCACAGGAGUUUCUAUCCGAUACAUUCAAUGCUCAAACAUGGAUGAAAGUUAUUUUUCAAGUUCUUAAUCAAAAAUAUAAUGAAAACAAAGGUAAAAAUUCUUUAAAAACAACUCACGCAAAAUUUAAAAAUAUAUCUGAGCAACGUGCAAAGAAGUUGAUAGAAAUUGCAAUCAUAGCAGCUACGGAAUAUGUAUCUAUUUUGAUAGAUGAGAAAAAAGUAAUUACAGAAAAAAAUUAAUAAAAAACGAAAUAGACUUUAUGUAAGAUAAAUUUACAUAUCAAAUGAUUUAAAAAUUGAAAUAUAAAAUAUUAUAUAUAGUAUUUCUGUAUUUAUAUUUUGAGAAUACUAUGCUUUAUUAAAUUAUCUCUUUGCAUAUUAUUUGUAAUUUACUUUUUACCUUUGUUGUUGAUUUUUUACAUGUGUUUCAUAAAAAAGUCUUAAUGAAUGCCAUUGGGCUCUGUGAAGUAA